CUGAAACACAAGGAAGUGGAGGCGACCCGGGCUGCUAUAAAGCAUCCAGCACAUCUGCCGUCUGACACGAAACAGAAAUACUCACUUCGAGUUUUUAUUUUAACCAACCAAAAACAUUCCUAUAAAUCCACACUGAAACUGCACAGGGACAGAUAAACAUUAAUAGAGCUUUUAGGGCACCUGUCACCGCCCCCCUCCCUGAGCGCGAGAGCAUGAUCCCGCCGGGAGACUGCAUGUAUGCCGGCCGCAAGCGACGCAAGCCGGUUCAGAAACAGAAGCCGCAAGCAGGAAGUCAGAAAUCCAACCCUUCGAAGAGGCACCGCGACCGGCUGAAUGCCGAGCUGGAUCGCCUGGCCGGCCUGCUGCCCUUCCCCCCCGAUGUCAUCUCCAAGCUGGACAAGCUGUCCGUCCUACGGCUCAGUGUCAGCUACCUCCGGGUCAAGAGCUUCUUCCAAGCCAUCCAGGAGAAAGUGGCCGGGGAGAGCAGCUCUCAGCCAGCUAGGAAGGAGGCCUCGCUGGAGAUGCCCACCGCCAUGGAGAGCGAGAUGUUACUGGAGUCCUUGCCUGGAUUUGCGCUGGUGGUGAGCACCGACGGCAUCAUCUUCUACGCCUCACCCACCAUAGCGAAGUGCCUGGGCUUCCAUCAGACUGACGUCAUGCACCAGAGUGUCUUCGAUUACAUCCACCUGGAGGACCGGAGGGAGCUGAGGCGACAGCUGCACUGGGCCAUGAAGCCUUCACUGCAGGGCGGCCCGGAGACACAGCCGGCAGCGGGGGCAGGUGAAGACUUCGUACUCGGCUCCCUCUUCGGCUCCCAGGAUUCCGACGUCAUCCCCCCCGAGUUCCAGGCUUUCCUGCAGCGCUGUUUUGCCAUGCGGAUGCGGUGCCUGCUGGACAGCACAUCUGGCUUCCUGGCGACGCAGUUCCAGGGCCGCCUGAAGCCCCUCCAGGGGCAAAAGCGGAAGACGGCCUUGGGCUCCCCCCUGCCCCCCCAGCUGGCUCUCUUCUGCAUGGUCACGCCCUUGCAGUUGCCUCCCAUUGCUGGGGUCAAGUCCCGGGGGACCGUGGUGAGGAGCAAACUCAGGAGUUCAGCUCUGUCUGUUCUGGAACACAGUGAGAAAAGGCUUCUAGGUACUGGGGAUAAGGUGUUCAGUGAGGAUACACAGCUUGUAAACCACACCCCCUGGACACCUCCAUCAAGGAACGAGGGCCUUUAUGUCAGUGGGGAGCCCUUGAAAUUUUGCAGACCUGCUGUGGAUGUACAGAAAGCUCUUAGACAUGAGAGCAUGUGGAGAGCACACACAUCUUCAGGGGCACUCAUGCUGGGCCAGAACUGCAACCACCUUGCAAACAGGCCCGGCAAAGUCGGCCAUUACGGAAAGGGCUGGUCCUACCAGGAUGAUGCCCAGCUGGCCACAGUCUACAAUAAUAUACAGACCACAGAGCAGGAGAGCUUCUGCCCAGGUGGCAUUAAGGAGGAGAGCGGCCUGAGCCUGCAAGGCGAGGGUCACAGCAGCCGAAUACUCCAGGACAUGCCCAUCAAGGUGGAGCCGGACUCGGACUCGGACAACGGCUGUGAUAUCUAUGGGAUGCCCCCCGGUCGGACAUGGAUAAACAAGGGGCUCUCGGAGCAGAACUGUGAGAUAGGUUAUGGGCUGGACCUUCCGGUCAAGAGAGAGUAUAGCUGCUGUGUGUACACUCCCUGCCAGACGGCUAGAGACAGUUCCGGUGCUCCGUGUGACGGAUUAUACCAAGUAUCAAAGGGGGGGCACGGGCCAGAGAAGUAUCCUCCAGCAAAGGUGCCCCAGUUCAGUGUGCAGUGCUUUUCAUACCCAGACGGCCAGGCCAGGAAUGGCAUGGAGAGUCACCUGUACGGCAAUCUGUCAGUGGAAGACAGAGACUACGUAGAGCAUGAAUACAAGUCUACGUGCAGGAGUCACGGUGUGCUCCACGCCAUCAAGUGCGAGCCUGCCGACUCCCCGCCUUGGCAUGACAGCCAUCAGCAUUUUGGCCAAGUGUUCCCACUGCGAAAUGGUGUCCCAGAUAUGUUUAUGAAUGCAGUGGCCAACAAGUCAAACCCAUAUGUGUACAUGCAAUAGGAUUCACCAAGUAAUGAGGACGAGCUUAUUCCCAUUACUGAUACUGGUUUUGGAAGAUGGAGACCAGUACCCGCUCAGAGGGAAACGAAAGAUGUCCAUAUGAAGGAAUCGACGGACAGCGCCCUGUAUGACUGUGUGACACGGGGAGUCAGCGCAGCAGAGUCGGGCGUCACUGCAUAGCCGUCACUGGCCACUGGAUGUGCCUUAAUACUUUGGAAACAGAUUGUGAAAAAUGUACUGGAAUAAAAUAAAUAUGUUAGUGCUUAAUUUGACUGUCUGUGUGAGGAAUAGUAUGACAGAGGGGGUGUGAAAUGCUCUAUACCGUAUGGAUCUGAUUCAGUGUUGCCAGAUCAUUACUGGUGUGAAUUUUUAAGCCAUGCUUGAGAGUUAGCAUCUGAAAUUGAAGUCGAUCUUUUGUGUAUUACAGCCAGAUGUCUUUGCACUUUCAACUUUUGUCAUUGCCUUUAUUUAAAGGUUGACUAAUGUCCAUUUGGUAUUCUUUGUAGGCAGUAAAGUCAUGUAGAAAGUAUAAUAUAUAUCUACAUUGUCAUAUUUAUUGUCACCAAGAGCAGAACUGCAAGUGUAAAUGGACGGCUUUAAGGAAAUGUGCUUUGGUUUAUUUUCUAUAGUACAUAAGAAAGCAUCAGCAGGAAAAGCUCACUGGCUCUUGGCUGAUUUUGUAGCUGCAAAGCAGCUAAUGUCUAUUGCAGCAUUUUCUCUACAUUUUUGUGUGUAUUUUCGUAAAUUUGGGGUAUUAAUAAAAAUACAAACUUUCCUUAAA